AAUAUUUCGUUUUUAGAUAAGAAAUCCAGACGGCUAUCCAUUCUACAUAUGCCCCGGACAAGGACCUAAAAUUGUAAAAAUUGGCACAAGGGUGAAGCAAUUGGAUUGUAUUCUUGAACUACAUCAGCUGCCUGAUGGACAUAAGCUCGAUCGAGGCACGGGCUAUGGCCGUAUUGCAUUCUCAUACCCCGAAGACAAAUUGGAAGACCUGCAAUCAAAGCUCAGAGCAGCAAAUCUUCCCGUCAAGUUUGAACUUCGUAAUCUGAGCCCUGAAGUCAGAGUGAUGAUUAUCACUGAUCCGACGCGCGAUACGUACUAG